UCUUGUUUUCAUAUCAGAGGAACGUGCAUAUGGCUGGACUUAACAGUCUGUUGUCUUGCAAAUAUCAAAAACUAACGUAAUUGUCGUCGAUAUCGUUCCAUAUUUGAAAUGUAUAGCAAAAUAAUAUUGUCGAUGCCAGUGUAAUAUUUGUGCAUCUACACUAUAAUGUAGAGAAACUGAUUUUCAUGCUCUCAUAUGGUUCCUGUCAUACUUCAUAUUUUGAUAUAACAUUUCUGGUCAACUGUAAUACAAAUACUUCGGAUAAUCCAGUUAAAGCUAAUCUGAACUGGGGAUACUUCGAUGAUUGAGAUAAUAGUUAUAUCCUAGUUGCAGUUAUCAUGAGAGCUUCCAAUGGUGAUAACUCUGAUUGUCAUCUGCCUUUCAUAUCAGAAAGCCUAACUUUUGAACGUUCCCUGAAUAAAACUUCAGAAGCUUCAGAGUCACUAGGAAAUCGAGCAAAUCCAGUGUCAUCAGGAUUGGUAGCAACUCCUGAGUUUAUUACAGUAUCUGGUUCAGAUACUGCCUUUCAGUUGACUCCAACAAAUGGUUUGCAGAGUUUCCAAGACAUAUCUGAUGUGAAUGAUUCUUUGUUGGGAACAGUUGACACCAAUGAUAUUUUACCACAGAACACGCUGCAAACGCAGGUUGAUAGCCUUCUUGGAGGGGGCAAUGAUUUUUACAUGUCAUCUAUGGACAACUUAGGAGGCAGCUUGCAGUCGUCUUCAUCUGAUUAUAAAAACCCUCAUGAUAGUGUGGUUAUAAUUAAUUUGAGAGAUUAUGAGAAAACCAGUGUGAGUUCAUUAUCAAGUCCUGGAACACCACCAGUCGAUUCUCCGUCAUCUCCCAAUAACCUCAUUAUAGAUGCAGAUACACAGGCCUCGUUGAUUCAGCGCUCUGAAAACCUGAACCUGGAAACGAUAGAUACCAACUCAUUAACUCCCAACAUGAGUGGUACAAGUGUUUUGUGGGGGGUUUUAGAUGAGAGUGCUGUUGAUGAAUUGCCAUGUAAAGCUCAUAAGCCUGAUAAAAAUUCCGAUGCGCCUUCCAGUCUCAGAGCUACUCAUACCUCGGAAAGUGAAACCUUGGAUGCUGAUCGAAUCACUGCUAUGACAGUAGCUGAUUAUACUAUCUCAAAGAUUGAACCUCAAACUUCAGGGGCUCAAUUCACAUUUGGUACGCAGUCAUUUGCCACAUCAGUAACAAACACUGAGCUAAAGACCGCCAAGGUUUCUUCAGUACCAUCAGUCCUUAAACAUGAGACGUCGCCGAAAGUUAAUGCAGGGUCACGACCCCAGCGCAAGUCCAAAGAACACAGUUUGAGCACACAGUUUCCACCUAAAUCACAUGGCUUUGAGUUGCUUAUUCUUGAACAGCCAGAAGAGCAGCACCGAGCUAGAUACAUGACUGAGGGUAGCCGUGGAGCAGUGAAAGAUCGAUCACAGCAAGGCCACCCAGUUGUUCAGCUUGUCGGUCCAGUCCAAUCUGCCAUUCUUCAAGUUUUUGUUGGCACUGACACGGGUAAAGUGAAGCCACAUCCAUUUUAUCAAGCCUGCAAAGUCUCUGGCAAAAAUUCAACACCAUGUAUUGAGAAGGAUAUUGACAGUACCACAACCAUUGAAAUUGAACUCUCUUCUACAAAUAACUUGAUUGCCAGUAUUGAUUGCGUUGGAAUUUUGAAGUUGAGAAAUGCUGAUGUCGAACAAAGAAUUGGUGUGGCUAAGACUAAGAAGCGAAGUACUCGCGCUCGAAUGAUAUUCAGAACAAUCUUUACAAGAUCUGAUGGUGUGCAACAGAUACUUCAAGUUACCUCUUCCCCUAUUGUUUGCACCCAACCAGUUGGACAGCCUGAAGUGUCACGACUGAGUUUAACAUCAUGCACUGUGAAAGGUGGAAAAGACUUGUUUAUAAUUGGGAAGAAUUUUAUGAAAGGAACCAAGGUUUACUUUCGUGAAACAGUCGAUGAAAGCAAAGUCAUAUGGGAGAAAGAGGCAGAAAUAGAGAAAGAUUAUUUUCAACCUACCCAUUUGAUCUGUAUAGUCCCGGAGUACUUCAAUUUGGAUAUCACAAAGCCUGUCGAAGUGAACUUGGUGGUCAGUUGCUGUGGUAAGCGAGGUGAGCCACGCCAGUUUACCUAUCAGCCUUUGGAACCACUCCCUAAGACAGAAACCCCAAUGGAAGUAGAACCACCCCAGUUACAGCCAAUGCCUAUUGGUCAGAAUAUAACUGAGGUUUUUCGGUUGCUGCAACAGAACUCGCAGACAUCUGGAUUACAAGUUCCACCUGAACUGAUAUUGUCGAAUCUGUUCCCUUCAACCAAUGGUGUAGUGCCAGUACCAUCCAGUUUUCCAGAUCAAGAAUCCACUACUGACACAAAGUGUGCUUUCCCUUCAUCCUUUCAUGAACAGAGCCAUCCGUCUGAAAAUUUUCCUUCCCAACUUGAUUCCUCUAGCCAUUUUCAUUCACAGACUUCUCUUCAAAACUCCCCAGUCCAGUCCCCCCAGCAGAUUCAUUCAAAUAUUUCGUUCCAGUCCACUAAUCUUCCCCAGUCAUCAUCAGAUCACAAUUUCCAGACCACCAGUCAGCUCCAGCCAUCAACUGAUGCCUUUUUGUCUUCUACGCGCAUGGCAUCUGACCAGUUACUGUCAUCUUCAUCGAUGGGUGCCACAGCAAUGGAGAUGCACACCAGUGAGGACUUCCAGAACCAGGCACAGCAACUGCAGCAGACAACAGCCACCUCACAUCAACAACUGAACAAUUCUUCAACUGAUUAUCAGUCUGCAGCAGAGAUGGUUGAAUCUUCAGCUGUUAAAGCCACGCCCAUGUUAACAAACAGUUCUACACCCCAGUUUCAAUCACAAUCGCUCUAUCAUGAAGCUGCUACUGCAUUACUACAACAACAACAACAACAACAACAGCAACAACAACAACAACAACAGCAGCAGCAGCAACAACAGCUGCAGCAGCAGCAACAACAGCAGCUUCAUCAACAACAACAGCUUCAUCAGCAUCAACAACAGCAACAGUCUUUGACUGGUACAUCUGGACCACAAAUCAUCAUUGUUGGUAAUCCACGCCCUGUUUCUGGGCGAAAUAAUGUCUUCAGUUUAGGAGGAAGUUCUCAGCAACCAGCACCAAGUAUUUUCAUCAUCCCAUCAUUAUCAGCCAAUAACGUUAGUGCUGUCUCUCAACAAGACGGUGAUGGUGAACCUUGA